AUGAUACCGUUUGACCUGGCGGCAGAUCGCAUCAGACGGGCGUACUUGCGUAGACAAGACAUUAUUGCCCGGGAUGGCGAGAUCACCCCGCAUGCGAGGGCGAUGCUGUUAGAAGCCGAGCGACGGCGUUCGAUAUCACGAUGGCAGAGACGUCUAGAUGAGCUGCCCCUGAAUGGAUCGGGCGCGAUCGUGCGUGGGUCCAUUGGGGAGGAUGUGGAGGCGUGGAUCGGGAGGGCGCAUGGCGCCCUCACUUACCGCGUGACUCAAGUCUUGACGGGGCACGGGGUGUUUGAGUCCUAUCUAUACAGGAUAGGACGAAGGGACACCCCGAUUUGUCCAUUUUGCAGAGCGACGAGCGACACGGCGGCUCAUACCCUUCUGUUCUGCCCGUUCUGGGCGGAGCAGAGGGGGGGGGGCUGCUGGAGGUCGCUGGAGUCGAUAGAUCGCUAA